AUGAACCGCAACGCGGCGCAGAGCAUGACAAAUGUUGUGCAUGCCACCGAUGUGCUGGGAAGCGCACUUACAGCCAUCGAUGCCAUCGUUGCUGACGCGCAGCAGCAUCAGCGGAAGAAGGAGCAGCGGGAAGGUACGGGUCCUGCGUUGGCUGGAAUAAAACGCCAACGAGGUGGUGAGGUGUUUGCAGUGAUGGCGGAGCCGCACUUCCGAGCACUUCAGACAAUUGUUUUGCUGUAUGGUGUGCAACUUAUGCCGUCACUCGAUGCAAUCAUGCGGCGCGUACUCAUUUGUGUGACAUCUCCUGUUCUUGUGAGCAGUGAUUGUUGGGAGCUGGCAGCAAUGCUUGGCACAUACUUCCGAGCGGGUGCGGCACGACUGCUGGAGGAAGUGUUGGCACUUCUGCUCGCCGAGAGGAGUCCCUUCCUGUUAGGUUCCCCGUGUGUGGUAGUAGACGUGGUAGCCAGUCAAGGCCUUCCCGCUAACACCAACGGCAGCACUGACAUCAGUGGUAAAGACCGCAACGCAGUUGAUCAGGAGAAGGUAUACGAUGGCUCAUCAACACAGCGUAACUUGCGUGCAUUUGACGAUCUUCUGGUAGCGUUGGGUCCUUUUCUUCCCUCUUCAACGAUGCAGCAAGUAGCGCUACGUUACGCGGAAGAGGUUGUUGUGAAUGGCAUGCUUAAUGCUCAAGCGUCCGCAGGUUGCUCUACUGGGCAGUUGGCAAGUUAUCAAGAGAGACAACAACAACAGGUGGAACCGCAACAAACCUCCGUGGAAGCCGUUCUGAGACCGCAGUGUGUUAGCUUACUGACGACAUUAUUAACGUUGUGUAGGCCACUACCCAGUAACACUGCAGCGUGUGCUGUUCGGGCGGUAAAGGAGCUCCCCAUGAGAUCUUUUUCACUUUACGGGGGUGUUGAGCACCACCAGCUACUUCGGUCUGUUAUGCGACUUUCUGUAACCCUUACGGCACUGCGUCAUCCAUACGCUAUUCCGUUUUAUGUCCCACCUCGAGACGUCGUGGAGCGACCUACGAGGCGUGUGACAAUGGAAGAGGGGUCUGACGGGCAUAAAGUUGAGUCCGCUCAAGUGUAUCCAAACAAUGAGAAAAUGCCUGCAGUGGGCCUCCCGAUACCCAUCAGUGGUGGUAUUAAGGGUAAUGACGGUCACAGUAAGCGGCGAGAAGAGGAGGGGAAUAUUAAAGCUGCCUACCAGUCAACGACUCCGAUGGAAAGUAAAACAGUAGCAACUCCGCAGCGGCAACCGCAGCAGUUUGAGGGAACUGCCGAGAAAUAUUGCGAAAGCAGCGUGUCUCCUGCAGUUUCACAGAAGCAGAAACCACAAGCGGAGCCGACUGCAUCACAAGCACCUCUUACUCUAACGGUUAGCGCUGACGAUGACGACGAUGAUGUGGAAAUCCCAGAGAUUGAUAUGGAGGACUAA